AUGGCGGCUCCGGGAGCGGAUCCCUGGGAUUUGGGGGUGAUCGGGGGGUACUUCCUGCUCGUCAUGGCCGUGGGGCUCUGGUCCCUGCGCAGGCGAGGUGGGCGGAGCCUCUCCGGGUAUUUCCUGGCCGGACGCAGCAUGACCUGGGCUCCGGUGGGGGCGUCUCUCUUUGCCAGCAACAUCGGCUCCGGGCACUUCGUGGGGCUGGCGGGGACGGGCGCGGCCGGCGGCAUCGCCGUGGGAGGCUUCGAGUGGAGCGGCAUGUUCAUCGUGCUGCUGCUGGGCUGGGUGUUCGUGCCCAUCUACAUGAGAGCCGGGGUGAGCACCAUGCCGGAAUACCUGGGCCGGCGCUUCGGGGGGGGGCGGAUCCGGCUCUACCUGGCGCUGCUGUCCCUGGGGCUCUACGUCAGCACCAAGAUCUCGGUGGACAUGUACUCGGGGGCGCUGUUCAUCCGCGAGGCGCUGGGCUGGGACCUCUACGGCUCCGUGGGGGCGCUGCUGGGCGUCACCGCGCUCUACACCGUCACUG